CGGAGCAGAGCGGAGCGAGCGAGCGAGCGCGCCUUUAUAACUCUCUCCCCCUCGCCAUCCAUUACUCACCAUCACCACCACCACCAACACCCUCUUCCUCUACCCGCAACCUCAGCUGCUCCUCCUCCUCCGCGCGAGGCGAGCUGCUGCUGCCGUCUGUCUCGAGCGCGCACAGCGGAGCAGAGGAAUCCUCCAGUCGAGAAUGCAGUCGAGGCACCGGGUGUUCGCCGAGGACCUGCUCCUCGCGCAAGGGGAGGACCACUUCGACAGCGUGCCGGACUCGCUCGUGCUCCUCAUCUUCAACAAGCUCGCGGACGCGCGCUCGCUCGGCCGCUGCUCCGCGGUCUCGCGCCGCUUCAACGCGCUCGUCCCGCUCGUCGACGACGCCUGCCUCCGCAUCGACCGCGUCAUCGCCGCCGACGACGCGCCCGCCGGCCCGCGCCAGCGCGGCGUCAUCUCCGGCCUCCUCAAGACCGUGCUCCUGGCCGUGCUCAAGCCCUUCGGCCACUGCGACGCCGGCGCCAGGCCCGCCGGCCACGCGCCCGCCAAGCACGCGCCGCACCACUCGCCCGCGCAGGUGCUCAAGAACUUCAGCAGCAUCCGCAACCUCCGCAUGGAGCUCCCCGUCUCCGACGUCGGCACCGACGACGGCGUCCUGCUCAAGUGGAAGGCCGUCUUCGGCACCACGCUCCAGAGCUGCGUCAUCCUCGGCGGGACCAGGCUGGACCACGCCUCGGCCUCGCACGCGCCCUCCGCCACCGCCCACGACGACCACGACGCCCCGCAGUCGCAGGGGCAGGGGCAGGGGGACGACGACAAUGGGAGCAUACCGGAGUCCUUCUACACCAACGGCGGGCUGAAGCUGCGCGUCGUCUGGACCAUCAGCUCGCUGAUCGCAGCGGCCACCAGGCACUACCUCCUCCGCGAGAUCGUCAAGGAGCACCCCACCCUGGAGCGCGUGGAGCUCACGGACGCGCACGGCCAGGGCACGCUCUGCAUGGAGCGCCAGCAGCUCAAGGAGUUCACCGACAAGCCGCUCGCCGCCGCCGCCGCAGCCAACCGCACGCAGGUGCCGGCCUGCAACAUGAAGCUCCGCUACGCGCCCAUGCUGGAGCUGUCGGACGGGACGAGGAUCCAGGGCGCCACGCUCGUGGUGAUCAAGCCCGUCGGCGAGGCCGGCGGCAUCGGCGGCGGACGCAAGGAGCUGGACGAGUUCGUGGCCGGCGCCUUCGACGGGCCAUUCAGGGAGGCCGUGUCCAUGCUCAGCAAGCGCCGCACCUACCUGCUAGAGAUGAACGGCUUCUAAUCUAGCCAAACCUGAAUCUAGCUAGUGUGCGCUAUGGCGAUGGCAAUGGCCACCAUCUACGAGCAGAAAUGAUUGCUCUCUUCUGUCGGUCGGAUUCAGCUCUGCUCAUUUCUUCGCUGCUGCCUUGGCAUCCUUGUAAUCGCCACCAUCAUUUCGUUGCGGUGACCUCAUAUGAUCGAUUAAUGGAUGAAUGAAAUGAAGUGAUACGAGAUUACCACAUGCCACAUUACAUCAAUAAAGUGCUGUUUAUACCA